AAGAAUAACGGAAUCAGUAGCACUUUAAUCAUCGACUCCGCGGUCGCCUAUAUUAUGGAAAGAGUGGACAUAGUAUUGGUCGGCGCCGAAGGGGUGGCAGAAAGUGGAGGAAUUAUUAAUAAGAUCGGCACUUAUUCGGUGGCCAUUUGCGCGAAGACAAUGAAUAAGCCUUUCUAUGUAUUGGCCGAGAGUUACAAAUUCAUACGACUGUAUCCACUGAACCAAUCGGACGUUCCCUCAAGACUCAAAUGGAAAUCCAAUCGCCCCGACUAUGAGGCGCACCCAUUGGUCGACUACACGCCUCCCUCUUAUAUAACAUUGCUUUUAACAGAUUUGGGAACUCUAACUACAGCCGCCGUUAGCGACCAAUUAAUGCAACUUUAUUUAUAGUCUAAUAAAUUAAUUCAAUUUUUUAUACGUAAAUCCGAUUGUUAUCUAAUUAAUUGUCUGUUAUUUAAUUGGAGAUAAAAAUAU